AUGUUGCGACGGCUGUUUUUCGCCAGUCUGCUGCUCUUUUUGUGCUCCGCGGCUCCGGCUGAUCAGGAGAUUACUGUAGGUUACUGUAGCUUUCCGAUUUUUGAUAACUUUGUUUUUCCAGACCCUCCCCAACCUCACAGAACCGUUGCGCUCCAAGCACUAUGCCGGAUACCUGCCGAUUUCCGAUCUCAAACAACUGUUCUACUGGUAAUUUUUCAAUAAUGAUUAGAUUAUUCAAAGCGAUGUAUCUCAGUGGUCUGUAGAGAUAUCGAAAUGUUGUCAACUACAAAAAUGUGCUACACGUCAAGGACUACAAUUUUGUAGUUGACCACUUUUUGAUAUCUCCAUCACCAGCCGAGAUACGUCGCGCUGAAUGCAACUCUCAAUGGAGCGCACUUGCUCAGGUACGUGGAAUCCGAGGAGAGCCCGGCGACGGCUCCUACGAUUCUUUGGCUCAACGGCGGUCCGGGAUGCGCUUCGAUGGAGGGACUCUUCAUCGAAAUGGGACCGUUUCGGGUGCGAAAUGACGGAGAAGAAGUGAACAGAAAUCCGUGGACGUGGAAUCGGGUGAGCAUGGCCUAGGAAAAGUUAGGUCGCGCACAAAGUGUUUUAAAAAAUGGUGCCCGAGUUACCGUACUUUAAAGGCGCAUAACUCUAUGCGCUUACAGAUCGCCAACAUCAUCUACCUGGACGCGCCGGCCGGAGUCGGCUACUCCUAUUAUAAUACAACUAAGCCGGCGUUCACCGACGACGAAGUGGCUCAGGACAACUUUGACGCGCUGAAACUCUGGUUCGAGGUACCGUAAUCCUGGUACAGUACAGUACCGACCCCAUUCAUACCGUAACCCGUUUCGUCAGAGAAAAAUGCUUCAAAAAAAAUUCAAAAAUCAAAAAAAUGCUCAAAAAAAUGCUCAAACAUGCUUCAAAUUGCUCCUAACUGCUCAAAAAAAUGCUUCAAAAAUGCUUCAAAAUGCUUCAAAAUGCUUCAAAAAUGCUUCAAAAUGCUUCAAAAUGCUCCUAAAUUCUCAAAAAUGCUCCAAAAUGCUCAAAAAUGCUCCAAAAUGCUCAAAAAAAUGCUCAAAAAAAUGCUCAAACAUGCUUCAAAUUGCUCCUAACUGCUCAAAAAUGCUUCAAAAUGCUUCAAAAUGCUUCAAAAUGCUUCAAAAUGCUCCUAAAUUCUCAAAAAUGCUUCAAAAUGCUCAAGAAUGUUCCGAAAUGCUCAAAAAUGCUCAAAAAUGCUCAAAAAUGCUUCAGAAAUCAUUUGCAAAAGAAGAUUCGCGGAUAUUCCCCGCAAUCAUUGGUCUCCAGACCGGCUCCAGUUUAUCCAUCGGUAGGUAAUGUUGUCGCUUCAAAAUGCUUCAAAAUGCUUCAAAAUGCUUCAAAAUGCUCCAAAAUGCUCCAAAAUGCUCCAAAAUGCUCAAAAAUGCUCCAAAAUGCUCAAAAAUGCUCAAAAAUGCUCAAACAUGCUUCAAAUUGCUCCUAACUGCUCAAAAAUGCUUCAAAAUGCUUCAAAAUGCUUCAAAAUGCUUCAAAAUGCUUCAAAAUGCUUCAAAAUGCUCCUAAAUUCUCAAAAAUGCUCCAAAAUGCUCAAAAAUGCUCCAAAAUGCUCAAAAAUGCUCAAAAAUGCUCAAACAUGCUUCAAAUUGCUCCUAACUGCUCAAAAAUGCUUCAAAAUGCUUCAAAAUGCUUCAAAAUGCUUCAAAAUGCUCCUAAAUUCUCAAAAAUGCUUCAAAAUGCUCAAGAAUGUUCCGAAAUGCUCAAAAAUGCUCAAAAAUGCUCAAAAAUGCUUCAAAAUGCUCCUAACCGCUCAAAAAUGCUUCAAAAUGCUUCAAAAUGCUCCUAAAUGCUCAAAAAUUCUUCAAAAUGCUCCUAAAUACUCAAAAAGGCUCCUAAAUACUCAAAAAUGCUCCUAAAUGCUCCGAAUGCUCAAAAAUGCUAAAAAAUUCUCUAAAAUGCUCUAAAAUGCUCCAAAAUGCUCCAAAAUGCUCAAAAAUGCUCCAUAAUGCUUCAAAAUGCUCCAUAAUGCGCCAAAAUGCUCCAUAAUGCUCCAAAAUGCUCAAAAAUGCUUCAAAAUGCUCCUAACUGCUCAAAAAUGCUCCUAACUGCUCAAAAAUGCUUCAAAAUGCUUCAAAAUGCUCCUAAAUGCUCAAAAAUUUUUUAAAAUGCUCCUAAAUACUCAAAAAUUCUCAAAAAUUCUCAAAAUUGUUCAAAAAUGCUCAAAAAUCGCUCUUCCAGAAUGCCAUCCACGGUCAGCCGGAUUGUGCCUCGCACAGCGAUCAUUUCCCGUACUUGAACGCGCCGGAAGUGCGAAAAGCGCUGCGCAUCCCGGAUUACGUCCAGAAAUACGAAAUGUGCAGGUGAGCGGCGGCGGCGUCUCGGCGGUGGCCUUGCAAACCGAAUUUCCGCAUCUACAGCAUGGCCGUGGCCGAACUCUACACUUCGCAGUACGCCGACAUGAAGCAGUUCUUCGGCCACGUCAUCAAAGCGAAAAAGCGGGUAGGUACCGUACCGUCGUCCCCGACUACAGUAACCCGUUUCGCAGGUGGCAAUGUUCAACGGCGACGCCGACUCGAUCUGCAACUACGUCGAGAACUCGCAGUUCAUCUACAAGACGCUCAACCGUUCGUUGACCGCCAAAAUGACGUACUGGAACGAUGCGAACCAGUUGCCGAUGGCGGUCGGCCAAGUGACCGAGUACGACGGCAUCACACUCAUCUCCAUCAAGGGCGGCGGCCAUUUUCCGGCGGCCACCGAGCAAAAACCCAAAGAAUCGUUCCAGAUGUUCCAGAAUUAUGUGCGAAAUCAGAACUACAGCACUCCGGUCACGUUCGACCGACAAUGGAAUGCCACUGGUGCCACGUCAUCAUCGACGAGUGCUCCGACGACGACUUCUGACGCCACAACGACUACGGAGGCUCCGACGACGACGAGCUUCGUUGCGACGACCAAAUACGCCGUUUCUUUCCUUGUUUCCUUGUAUUUUAGAUGAAAUCCUAUGAGGCGUUCAAUGAAACUACCGUAAUCCUGUGUUGUUGAUAUUGUUGAUCGCCGAAAAAGUGGACAAUAGACGCCCCGCUGAGCCGGAGCCUAAGCCCAAAAAUUCUCUUGUCAGUCAAUAAUAACAACAAUACCUAUCUAUCAAAGUGUGUAUAAAUAGUGUUGCCCAAAACAACAACUAUCAUCCAUUUCUCUCUCUCUCUCAAAAAUGUCCCCUCCUCUCCUUCUUCUUCUUCUUCUGCUUCUUCCAACCGUACUGUCGGCACUGCCGGGCGCUGCCAAAAAGAACGCGGCUCUUGAGAAGAUUCUCGUCGAAAAAAACCCGGAAACGGCGGAGAAUCGUGAGCGAAUCCGUUCAAUUAUAGCCGAGGCGUUCGCGAAUCGGAUCCCGCGGGUCCAGGGUCGACAAGGAACCGGAUCCCGAAAGUUGGUCGCCGCAACUGCCAACCAUGGACCCAAAAACAACCGGACCACGCGGUUUGAGGUGUUGAACCGCGAUAUUCAUAGUAAAUGAGUGUGGUCCCGCUCAGAUCAUAGCGUUUUUCCUUUUUCAGAUUACACCUUCGAGUCGGACAUAAUGCUCAACGAAAAACAGGCGCGACAGCUGGCAAAAUCGAUCGAAAACGGAAAUUAUCGAUCGAAAAGACAGGCGAUCGUGGAGGCGACCAACUUUUGGAACGUCUCCGUCCCCAUCUAUUAUCAGUUUGACUCAACGCUUUGUAAGCACGAUCGCCUUGGAUUACUGUAGAUUACGGUAGUUUUUCAGCCGCCACCAACAUUGCAAAUGUCCGGAAAGCGAUUCAGUAUUGGAACGACAAUAGCUGUUUGAGUUUUAGUGUAAGUCAUUGAUUAUGUACUGAUCCAAAGGGACCGUCUUGUUUCUUUUUUUCCAGGAAAACUCCAACGGCCUAAAUCGACUGUUUUUGACGUCGGCCGGAGGGUGCUGGUCGUAUGUUGGCAGGCAAAAUGAUGCACCAUAUCAGUUGGUGUCAGUUGGACCCGGAUGCGAUACGGUAAGGCGUAUAUCUCAGCUGUUUGGAGAGAUAUCAAAAAGUGGUCAACUGCAAAAAUAUAGUCCUUAAUGUGUAGUACAUUUUUGUAGUUGACAACAUUUUGAUAUCUCUACAGACCACUGAGAUACAACACUUUGAAUAGCGUGCUGUCUUUGUAAAGCCUCUGUUUAUUCAAAAUUGCAUAUCUCAACUGUCUGUGGAUAUAGCAAAAAGUUGUCAACUGCAAAAAUGUACUACGCAUUAAGGGCUACAAUUUUGUAGUUGACAACUUUUCAAUAUCUUUACAAACAACUGAGAUACACGAGUUUUGAACAAACCGCUAUUAUCGAUAUCUGCAGCUCGGCACAGCCACCCACGAACUGAUGCACGCCAUCGGUUUCUGGCACCAACAAUCGCGUGCGGACCGCGACGACUUUGUCUACAUCGAUUUCGGCAACAUAAUGCCGAGCCAGGCGUACAAUUUCCAAAAAAUGCCAGUGGACACCGCUCAACUACUGGGUAUUCCCUAUGAUUACGGAAGUGUCAUGCAAUACUAUCCAUGUACUGCAAAACCAGCUCGACAAUAGUCGAAAAUUGCAGACGCGUUUGCGGUCGACUCUACCAAGUAUACAAUUCUGGCGAAAGAUUCUCCGUACCAAAAUAGUUUGGGUCAACGGGAAGCGCCCGCGUUCGGCGACGUCAUCGGCGUCAAUAAACUGUAUAAUUGCACGGGUGGGUAAUGAGUACAGUAUCCCGUAGUACGGUAGCUUUUUUAGCACUGUGCGCCACUCAAAUGACGUGCUCGAAUAGCGGAUUCACGGAUUCGCGCAACUGUAGUCAGUGCAAAUGUCCGCAUUAUUUCACGGGACCGACUUGUGACGAUCUUCCGAAGGGGACGGCCGUCAAUUGUAAUGGAGAUGUGUUGCAGGUACUGUAGGAUACGGUAUUUGAGGUCUAGGACUACUGUAGACUACGGUAAUAGCCGUAAAGGACACUGUUUUUUCAAAUCGAUGUAUCUCAGCUGUCGAUGAAAAUAUAAAAAAGUGGUCAACUACAAAAAUGUAGCCGAGAUUCAGGGCUACAACUUUCUAGUUGAUCAUAUUUUGAUAUCUCUACAUACAGCUGAGAUAAUCGAGGUUAUUGUAGGCCACCUCUUCCUGGUCGACAUUUAACGCGACGGCCGGCGAUCCGAACAGCUACACAGCCACCACGGACACCUCGACCAACUGUUUUUGGCACAUAAAAGCGCCGAGCGGACAGAAAUUGGAGUUUAAAUUGACGACGGCGCCGUUGUCGGCCAUCUGCAUGCAAGAAUGUCCGUGGCAAUCCGUCGAGCUCAACCUCGGAAAAUUCGAUUUGUACGGUAUUAUGUAAGUUGUUUUUGGGCGGGCAUAACUGAAGAACGACAAUAUUUGAAGUAAAGUGGUCAAUUGGAAAGUUGUAGAGCAUAAAAUUUGCAACAACUUUGCUGUUGACAACUUUUAGAAUUGGAUAAUAGUUCUCGAGAUAUAGGCGUUUUUUCCAGAACCUGCUGCAAUACUCUGCUAAACCAAGUGUUCACUUCGGAAGCCGACACGAUCGCAAUGCGUGGAAUCGUUCGUUACAAUCAGCUGAAAUUCAGUGUUCAGUACCGUGCAAUUCCGACAAAUUCUUCUGGAAACUCCACUUCUACACAAUAA